AUGGAUACUGGACAGGAUGAUACAUCUUCACCUGUUGACGGUCUCAAAGUGAUACAUGAAGAUCUCCCAUCGAUUAGUGAAACCAAUGUUGUUACUCAACCUAUCAAUGAUGAUAAACGUAAUGAUAGUGAAUCGCAUAGUCCUUCAUCAUCAUCAUCUACACCAGCUGGAUCACCACCAGUUACUACUGAUGUAACUACUACUCCACCGCCUGCUGCAGCUUUAUUACUUCGUAAACGUCUGGGUGUUUCUGGUGAAUCAAUGAAAUGUGCACAAGAAUUAGUUUAUCAUGAUAAAGAUGCGAAUUCUCGUCGACAAAUACGUGAAGCUCUACGAAGUAAUGAUUUAAUCAAAAAUUUAGAUGCAGUUCAAUUACAAGAAGUUGUUUCAUGUAUGCAUGAACAAACUGUUGCAGCUAAUUGUUAUAUUAUACGUGAAGGAGAAGAUGGUGGACAUUUAUAUGUUGGUGAAGGAAACUUACCACAUCUUAAUUCGAAAAACCAGUUGUCCACCUCGGUAAUGGUGUCAUCCUCCUCUAUGAUUGAUUAG